AUGCCCACGGCGCUUCCCCGCUCAAUCGACGUACCCGCCGCCGCGUCCCCACCUCCGUGCCGCUGCUUCACCGCGCCUGCCGCCCAGUCCCACUCUACUGCCGUGCAUGGUCCCUCUGCUGAUUACCGACCCGUCCUCGAUCCCCCGCCGCGCCAUUUCUCCGCGUGGUCCAAGCGCCGCCUCUCCGCGCCCCCCACCGCCGCUCCGGACGUGCCGUCGCACGGCGGUCCCGUGGCGGGCGAGAGUGGUCGCGGCCCCUCGUCGCACGCGAGCAACAUCGCGCGAUCGCUGGCGACGAACGCGCGCCGCCUGCAGAGGCAGCUCCGACGACUGGCU